UUUAUAGUAAAUAUUUAUACGAUUUUAAUAAGAUAAAUUUUUAAAUAAAUAUUUUUGCGUGCGAAGCAAGCAUUAUUUUCCAUAAGAAAAUAUUUUGGAACGAAAGCAAAAAAAUUAAAAUAAAAAUAAAAUAAAAACAAAAACGUUUUCAAAAUAACAAAACCGAAAUUUGUAUUAAUAAACAGGUGCGUGUGUGUAUAUACGUAAAUAAGUGGUAGACCGCUAGUCAGUUUUGCAUUGUGUGCACCACAGCUAAUGGACUGCUUGCCAAAACACCCACACAUUAGACGCCAAAUUCGAGAUAAUUUCAUUUCUGCUUGAUUGCGGUCUGGCAAUUAAUGCAAAAUAGAAAAAAGUCAAGAGAAAAAAAAACAGAAAAAAAAAACAGAAAAAAAAUUGAAUUGGUGAAUUUUAUGAGGUUCUUUAAUUAACACAAACAUACAAACGCGCAUUAGCAGUGCAUACUCAAUUUUCGUAAAACAAGUGGCGGCAUAGUUGUAAACAAAUUUCACUCUAGUGUGCAAUUGUGGAAUUUGAAAAAUAAAUUUAAAUUUUGAUAUUUAUGAGAAAAAUUAACAGCUGUUAACUGCUAGUGCCGAUUUAGCAAAUACAAAGUGUAUUGAAAUAACAAAUCUACUCAAAGUACUACAUAAACAAAUACCUACGGUAGUACAAUACUCGUACAAUCUAAUAACAUUGCUAAGAAAAUAAACAAAUAGUAAAACCACUCCGGUAAAAAUGGGUUGUGCCACGACGACCAUUAAAAUAUCUUCAAUUCUCUUAAACACACUUUUGGCGUUACUUAGUAUUGCCACCAUUGUAUUGAUCGCCAUCAAUACGGGUUCCGUGCCAGACGAAUGGGAUGUGCCGGCGUACAUCAUUUUCGCAUUAGUCAUACUGUUCGCGAUUAUCGGCUGUGUGGCGGCAUUACGUGAGUCGAUCUGUCUCACUGUAACAUGUGGCGUUUUCUUGUUGCUCUUGUCCCUGCUACAAGUUGCCAUUACCAUAAUAAUACUCAACGAUCGUGAUGUACAGAACGGUAUUGCUAUAGUCGAAGAUGCCUGGGAUCAUGAUAAAAUUGACGCACUACAAAUGGAAUACAAAUGUUGUGGCAAGGACAGCUCACAGGAUUACAUACUCUUGAAUCGUCAAAUACCGCUGAGUUGUUAUGAGGGUCAAAAUGAUGCGGAUGCCAAUAAUAUUUACAACGAAGGUUGCAGCGUCAAAUUACAGCGCUAUUAUGCCAGGGAGACUUUGAGUGUUGCCGUGACCUCGUGGAUAACUGCGGUGCUGGAGGUUGUUUGCUUUAUGCUGGCCGUCCUGUUGGCCAUCAAUUUCCGUAAUAAACAACGACGCAUGCAAUUCUAAAUAGAGCCGCCUUGAUUGCUGUGAAACAGUACAAAUUUAUGUCUAACGUCUCGAAUAUAAUAAAUGAUAACUAUUUUCGGGAUUAAUACUCAUUCUCUGCUUGAUGUACUAUUUUUUUUUAUUUUGUGGCAUUAUUGUAAUUUAUUUGUUGUAUAUUUAUUGUAUUCAAUAAUCAAUGUAUAUUGCUGAAGAGUAAACGAUUAAAGACGAUGUGAGUUUAA